AUGACCACUAUGACUCAGCCAUUUGACCUUAACCAAUUCCACGAGUCCCUGGAUAUUCCCUUUCCAGCUGCUACUAAACAGAUUGCUGGGACGGUCAAGGGGAUCCAAACAGACGUCAUGUCAGUUGGCUUCAGCGACAAGAUCUUAGUCACCAUUUCCCAGAAAGGCCGGCUCAAUCAUUGGCUACAUGUACCACUAGAGAACAGGAAUCCAGGAACAGAUGGAUUGCAUACAAUCUCAGAAGCGACAGAUGAUAGUCUUCUUCCAAUUACCAACUUGACCGCGACAACACUGUUAGGUGGCCAUGCCCCUGGACAAGAUAUCAUUGGUCAGCUGUAUGCUCGUCAGAUUGCGAGUGCUAUUGCUACCAAGUCUCCAGGCGAAAAGAGAUUACUUGUUGUCGGACUGGGGCUCGAGACCACUGAUGUUGACCAAGAUGCGUUCUUUGACAUCAUUGAUCUUGCCCUUCAGUGUAUAUGA